AUCACGGAGGGGCGUGUUCCUCCAUAGGCCCCGCUCACUCGCUGCAUCGCCCCGGCAACGGGGCGAAGCGGCGGGGCGGCGGUUCGAGGUUGGCGGCGCCGGGCCGGAGCGCUGCGGAUCUGCUGAGAAUUACCAUGCUCUUCUACCUCUCAGUGGAUCUCAAAAUACAUGUAAUUCAGAGGAGACCGGUGACCAUCCUGCUCUGUUAUGAGGAAACAUCCAGCAACCUCAGGCUAUCUGGAAGAAGAUUUCUCUAAAAAAAAACAAAAAAAAAAUCAAAAGGCAAAAAAAUCCUUCAAAAAUACAGAAGACAUCCAGAACUUCAUAAAUUAGUAACUGUAGUUGGAUAAGAAAAAAUGAACCGUUACACAAUCAUGAAGCAGCUGGGUGAUGGCACCUAUGGCAGUGUGUUGAUGGGAAAGAGCAAUGAAUCAGGAGAGCUUGUGGCCAUCAAACGAAUGAAAAGGAAGUUCUAUUCAUGGGAUGAGUGCAUGAAUUUGAGAGAAGUCAAGUCCCUGAAGAAGCUAAAUCAUGCCAAUGUAAUAAAAUUGAAAGAAGUCAUAAGAGAAAAUGACCACCUUUACUUUGUGUUUGAAUACAUGAAGGAAAAUCUCUAUCAGUUGAUGAAGGACAGAAACAAGUUGUUCCCUGAGUCAGUCAUCAGGAACAUGAUGUAUCAGAUACUGCAAGGGUUAGCUUUCAUCCAUAAACACGGAUUUUUUCAUAGAGACAUGAAGCCUGAAAACCUUCUUUGUAUUGGUCCAGAACUUGUAAAAAUAGCUGAUUUUGGUUUGGCUAGAGAGCUGAGAUCUCAGCCACCGUAUACAGAUUACGUGUCCACCAGGUGGUACCGUGCUCCUGAAGUUCUGCUGCGGUCAUCCAUUUACAGCUCACCUAUUGACAUAUGGGCAGUUGGCAGCAUCAUGGCUGAAUUAUACACACUGAGACCCCUUUUCCCAGGCACAAGUGAAGUAGAUGAAAUCUUCAAGAUUUGCCAAGUAUUAGGGACUCCAAAGAAGAGUGACUGGCCAGAAGGAUACCACCUCUCUUCUGCCAUGAAUUUCCGCUUCCCACAGUGCGUCCCUAUAAGUUUAAAAACUCUCAUCCCAAAUGCAAGCAGUGAAGCCAUACAGCUUAUGAGUGAUAUGCUGAACUGGAAUCCAAAGAAGAGACCUACAGCAAGCCAGGCACUGAAGUACCCUUACUUUCAAGUUGGCCAAGUUUUAGGACCUCCCCCACAAAAUUUGGAGAAGCAGAGUCCUACUAAACCAGUGCAGCCAACAGAACCAAAGCCAACUUUACCCAAACUGGAAGCUGUAUCCAAGCCAGAGCCUCUGUCUUCACCUGAGGAACCUGACAAAACACAGCCACAGUCACUGUCAAAAGCUAAUCACCAGCCUCUCCAGCAAAUUCAGGUGCCCCAGAAUACAGCUAACCAGCAAGUGUCAAAACAGCAGCAGACACAGGUGCAGCCAUUUUUUCCAGCUAUCAGUAAAGACUCAUCUGGGAAACAAGCAGCUCAGAAUGGCACAGUGGGUGCUAAAAGUUGCAGGAGACGAUGGGGUCAGACUUUGAUAAAGGCUGUGGACAGCUGGGAUGAACUGGACGAUGCUGAAUUUGGAAUGUCAUGUUCAAAGAAGCCUAGCAUUGCACUGUUAAAAGAAAAGAAAAACAAGGAAUGUCUCUUUAGUGUGCCAGAACCAAAAGCUUCACACUGUACCCAGCCAGGAGCAGAAAAUAAAGGUGUAAUGAGAAAUGAUUCUGGAAGGUCCAAUGCAACAGCAAAGCAGUACUAUCUAAGACAAUCAAGAUACCUGCCAGGUGUAAACCCUAAGACUGUCUCUUUAGUAGCAAUCAAUAAAGAAGGAUCUCAUGGAACCUGGAACAACCAGCUGUUUUCCAAGCCAUUGGCUCAUGUUGGAGAAGGAUUGCCUUUCAACAGAAAUAAUACAGGUAUAAGUGUAAUAAACAGCAGUCACCUUGUUUUUCAUCAUACUUUAUUUAAUUAAUUUGCUUAUAGGCAAACUUUGUUUUUCUUAAUUUAAACAGAGACUCAAAGUAAUCUUUUCAUACCUAAGCUAUGUGUUUGGCUUUCAGACCAUAAAGGAAGUACAGACUAGCUGUUAGAAUAAAGUUCUGUCAGGACAAAUUUUGUCUGUAAUCCUCUUAAGCUGAUUAUCUCACUGUGAUAAUUUAAGGAAAUAGCUUGAUUUCACUACUGCCUGGUCAGUGUGAUGUGGAACACUAUGAAACAGCAGUCUCACAUAUGAAAACAAAUGAGGUGUUGCCUAACGUCAAUUAGAGAUACCAGCUUGGCAGAUGGGAAGUCCCCUCACUUUCAGCAAGGAACUUGCAGUGAGGUGCCUUUUGUACUAGCUUUUAUGGAAAAUGCUCUUAUCAGCAUUUUACAGAGUGAAGACUAAGGCUUAAACAAGUAAAAUGGCUUAUCUGAGAUUUCACUGAGGUAAGCAUAGGACUUGAGACUGAAAUCUACCUUCUGAACACUAGAUAGUCCUGUCACUCUAACAGUUUUGAAGCCAGCACCAAUUGCUCCCAGCAUUGAUGCUAAUGACCACCUGUAGCAGAAAUGCUGUCAGGGCUUGAAGCACUGAUUGAGCACCUGCUGGGAAGGCAGGGGAACCCAGGGGAGCUCAGGUGUAAGCAAUGCACUGAGUGACUGGAAGGGGUGGAACCAGGAUCCGUGCCUUCCCAGAUCUCAUGUUAAGGUUGAUAGUGGAGAGAAAGGUAUCUUGUUUGAAGGUCCCUGCCUACCUGAGGCCUUCUAAAGGUAAGCAGUCUUUCUUCUGUGUUUCUGUACAUUAUAGUAUUACAGUGUUACACCAUCUGACCUAAUGUGUUUGUACAAGAACUUUAGGAGGCUUGUUCAUAUGCAGCUGCUGCAUGCUUUUUUAAUAAAACUUUAGUAGCCCCCCAGCUGUGUUAUCAAAACAUUUUCCUUUUGGAAGUCAGGUGAAGUUUAAGUUGCUCAUCUGAAAUCAUGGAGAGCACUUAAGAAAUGGAAAAAUAACAGCAUCAACUGGAAUGAUGGAAUAAAACGCUUUUUAAAGUAAUCAUAAAUAUUUUCUGGGUUUCAGAAAUUUUACAUCUGUGUGACUUAAAGUAAGUUGAUUUUGACAAAAUACUCUUGCAUAGGAAGAGACAGAAAAAGGCAGAGCUUGUUUCCAUAAGUAUGUAUUAGUAAGCCAGACAGCUAUGUACUGAAUUGGGCUAUAAACAAACUUAGGUCAAUGCCAGUGGUAAAAUCUCACUUUUGUCUUACUGUAGCUAUCUACUGAAAAGCUAAAGAAAAAUCAUCUUUAAAAUAAAAAGUGUUUGAAAACACUGAGCAUUAUUUCCAUUGGUAUCCUAAAUAACAUACACUAAGAUUUUAUGUACCAGGCAGGCAACAACGCUUAAGGCAGACACAGAGGAAACUGUGGUAGUUGGACCACUGACCAGAGUAAUAUGGUAGAUGUAUGAUGUAUGUAUUCCUUUUUCAUACUGAUAGGAUUGAAAGCUGGCACUGUGCUGCUUGGUGUUUAAAUAACUACGUUUAGUUUCUUCAAGUGCUUUUAUUUUUUCUUUAUCCACAAUGCUGCUCUAGGGUGAAAUAACAUAAGAACAAAUAGUUACGAAAGCUUUAUUUGUAAGGAAUGGUGAAGCUGUGACCAACUUUGCAAAUAUGCCUUAAUGCUUGAACUUGUGAAUUGUGCAUUGGUAUGACUAUAAUGUGACUGCGUUGUUGGUUAAUUAGUUACUUUUUGAGCUACUUUCUAAUGAAUGAAAACAGUUUUAGAAGCAGGAGAUGUUACUUAAACAAAGGGGUACGUGAAAUUAUAGCUACGUCAGUGUCAGGUAUUCUUUCUUGCUCUGCUUUUCCUCAUUUCUUUGGUAUCACCUAACCAGAUUCUUCAUAUACUUUCUCUAAAAUUCUGUCUUUCCAUCUUUUUCUCUCUCUCUCUCUCUCUCUCUCACAUUCUCCUUAUCUACAGAAGAGAACUUAAUUACACCCAUUGAAAAACUAUCAUGCAAAGAAAGUUUGAAUGAAAAAUUAGAGGAUCCAAAAGGUAAUUUAUAGCAAUUAUAACCUGGCUCUUUGCACAUUUCAUAUUUGUUUUACAUUUUCUCCCAAAAAAUACACCUACAGUGCAGAUUCCAAAAGAUCACAUCCUUCAUUUUCAGUUGUAAUGUGUUUUGUCCGACUUUGCUCUCUUCUUUAUGUCUGCUUUUAGACCAAGCAGGGUCUAUGAGUUAGGGUGUAGCAACUCAUGCAGUGACAUGCAGCAGAGGUCCAUCUACCACAGUGUAAUGUAGUGUGAAAAACAGCUUCUACCUUGAUUUUUACUCUUAGAAGUAGACAAAGUAAAAAAAUAGCCAUAUAAGUAAGGUCUGUUGGUUUUUCAUACUGACAAAAUUGUUUCCCUUCUGAAUCUGCACCUAAACUAUGUAGUGUUAUGCUGAAGGAGGGCAGAUAAUUUCUCAUCACAUGUAGACUAACUCAUUCAUGUUAACCUGGAUUGUUUCAGUACACUCUUUGAAACCUGAGAGAAUGAAGUGACUACAUGUAUAUUUACAAAUGCCUUUAAAUAACAUCUGAAUGUUCCAGUAAGUGACUUCAUAACUUUCUUUCUGGAGAAGAACUGAUCCUAAAGGAGGAACACAUGCAUCCCUGAAGGAAUGCUUGCUCCUAAUAUCGCUUGCCACUUGCACUACUGACUGCAUUCUAAUUCUUUGUUAUUUACACACUGUGAUUGCACAGGUUUGAUUGAUUAAUCUCAGUGUAAACAGAUGGAAACUAGGGUUUCCAGGCAGCCAUGUUCAUAUCUAAACACACUCCUCAUUGCAAGCAUUGUAAAGGCGUAAUGUUUCACCUCUCCCUUCGUUUUGGCACCUGAGGUGUGUACUGUAUCCAACUGUAACUGUAUGCAACUACUUGUAGUUUUUUCUCAACUUGUUGCCCAGCAUGAAUGAUCCAAUGGCUUCAUCCCUUGAGAAGAAUCAGGUAUGCACUGAGCUAUGCUGCCCAUACCAUGCUUACACUUGCUGGCACACAGCUGUGUUUGCUUACACAUCUGCUGCCAGCCCUCCUUGAUGCCUGAUGGACUUCUACAGCAAGAACUUCUGUUUUGCAUGGCAGUUGCCAGAGGUAAGGAAUGACCUACUGCAUACCUCUCAAUGCAUGGUUUUGAAAUGUUAGCAGUCAUAACUUUGCCUUGAACUUCUUAUUUUUCUUCUAUCCAAGGAAAAGACAAUUCCUUCAUUCCACUCAGUUUCACCCAGACUGUUCCUCUGGGCUGUGCUUAUCCCUUUUCUGCAGAAGAGUUCAUAAAGAACGUCAGAUAUGAAGAGGUAAGACGAAGAAAAAAAUGGGUGAAAAACUUUUGACAGGCAGCUUUGCAGAGCUGUAGCUAAGAAACAUGUGGAACGAGUCAUUUUGAGGUUAUAUUAAGGCUUGUCAUGGUCUUAGAUUUCAGAAUUUUAAGAUAUCCUCUGACAGAUCAGUAUUAUACCUUAUGAAGCAGUCCCAGUGAAAAGAUUAAGAAGUGGGGGAAUACAUGCAUGUAUGUUUAUGCAGACAAGGGAACGUAACACUAAAACUGUUGCUUUUGUUUUUCAGGCAAAAUUGUGGAGAAGAACGUACAACUCCAAGGAAGUUGUAAUUUGAGUACCUUAUUAAAGUUUUAUUUUUCAUCAGGAUCUGUGUCAUCCUUUAUUCCACUGGAGCCUGGCAUCAGAAGCCACCUAGGGACCAACCUGUUGACAGGACUGUGGGGUUAUGGGCCAGAGGAGGUACAUGAUGACCCAAAACAGCUGUAAUUAGCUGAGGAUACUUUUGUGGUUUGUAGAUGAUCAGUUCUGCACCUUAUAGAGCCACUGCACUAAUUCUGACAUUAGCACAGAAGACUGAGGGUGUUAGUGUGAGGAGGAGGGUUUUGGGAUUGCACUGGGGUCAGUGAUUUAGGAGAACUGUCAAAUCACACUGUAUAUUUUAUCUACCACUGUUGGAACCAUCCUGAUGGAAGCACUUCUCUUCAAAUGCUGUGCUAUCACACAGCUUUUUAAGAGUGUCUAGGUGAUGACAGACAUCUGCUUGGAACAGUCUAAAUAUUUGAGUUGAUUCCACACCACUGUACAGUAACCUCAGUAAUAAUUUCAUGUGUAAAUGCAUAAUGUUUCUCAGCUUCCUAAUGAUGCAUUGGAAAGGAUGAUUACGUUGAUCUUCCCAAGGCAACACUCCCUUAGAGAAAGUUGUAGACUAAAGCCAAGCACAGUAAAUAUCAGGCUUCAAAAGAGAGGGGAACUAGGUCUUACUUUUGUAGCAGGCCUUUAGCCAGGGAACUGGCUAAGUCAACUUCAAGUGAUGCACCACAAGAGGAGUUGUGGUUCCAUUUUUAGAUAGAUGUAGGUCACACAUGUUGAGCAUAGGAGUACUGUUGCAUGCUGAUUUUCAAGACUGAAGUGCUAAAACCUGCUUCCAGUAAAUAAAAGGUAAGAUCCUGUCUUAUACUGAGUUUUAGUGCAAACUCUUGCUAGGCAAUAUAAGUUUAAUGAAAGUAUUAAGGAACUGGUCAUAUCACUCUGUUAUCUUCACUGCUGCUGCACUGCAGAUAUGUACUUCUUCCCUACAGACAAGCACUGGGGAAGAACACCACUCACUCAUUAUUCUUGUGAUCAUGCAAGUAUGUUACGAAGCGACUAUGAAAAUGCAUAUUUCAUGGAUGCAACUGAAAAUAUUAAAACCUCCUGUAAUAUCAACAGGAAAUUCUGACUUUGUGGGAGGUGCUGCUUACAACCCAUCAGGAGGAUACAUCCCUUCCUUUCAUA